AUGCCGGAUGCAAAUGAUAUUUUUACGAUAAACAUAAAAGUACCAUUGACUGAUGAUGAGGCCACUAAGGAAGGAGCAUUACUCGUAUUGAAGGAAAUCAAACCAACAUGGAAACGUGAACUGAUUUCAUUCAAAGCUUUCACAGUUGGGAUAACGAAUAAAAUCCUAUGUGCAACGUACAGUCCAGCAAAUGGUACCACACACAAGGAGCGACUACUGUUCAGAAUUUACGGGAAUAAUACGGAUAAAAUUAUUGACAGGAAUAAGGAAUUCAACAACUGGUUAUACUUGGCAUCACAUGGAUGUGCUGCUCAAAUAUAUGCAAGGUUUUCCGGAGGGAUUGUAAGCGGUUUUCUUCCUGGAAAUACGCUUACUGUUGACAACGUACGCAAUGAUACGAUUGUUGCGAAUACUUGUAAAUCACUUUCAAGAUUGCACAAAUUAAAACCGAACACUGGGGAUGAGGCAAAACCAACACUGUUUAUCAAAAUCAGACAGUUUUUGGCAAAUUUCUCCGCUCAUUAUGAGAGUAAGCGAAAGCAAGAAAGAUAUGAUAAAUUCUUCAAACAGCGAGAGAUUUCCUUCUUGCAUGACUUGCACCGUCUACGAGACAUUAUUCAACGACGGCAAUCUAAAGUUGUUUUUUGCCAUAACGACCUUUUAAUCCAUAACAUUAUUCAUGAUGACAAAACAGAUUCAAUAAGUUUUAUUGAUUAUGAGUAUGCUGAUUACAAUUAUCAGGACUUCGAUAUAGCUAAUCACUUUUGCGAAUAUGCUGGUGUGGAGGAUUUUAAUUAUUCUCGAUGUCCUGAUAAGGAAUAUAAACGCGAAUGGAUAACGAAAUAUUUGAUAUAUUAUCUAGAAAGGAAACCAACGAAAGAUGAAGUAGACAAUCUCCUAGAUGGAAACAAUAUUUUUGAAGCGGCCGCUCAUUUCUUUUGGGCUCUUUGGGCCUUGGUGCAGUCUCAAAUUUCAACCAUUGAUUUUGACUAUCUAGAUUAUGCAGUUCAAAGGUACGAACUCUUCCAGAAAUGUAUGCUUAAAUGUGAUUAA